UUCCGAUGGCUUCCGAGUGAAUUCCGUGUCGAACAGGAUGACAGUGUGACCAUCAACUCAUACAUCAACAAUCUGAAUCCGAUAUGGCAUCGAGACAUGUACAAAUGCAUUGCCAAAAUAUUCAAAUGUUUUGUCCCAAUGUUUGAAAGUCUGUUCAGAACGAUGGAUCCAAUGUUCAAGUAUAUUGAUAUUUACAAUGGCACAAAGGGAUAUAAACCAUCAAGCCAGUCAGAUCAUGAUGAUAUACGGCCAAACACUCAAGUCACUCGUCCCGUGUAUGUACCAACACUUCCGGAACAUUUUGAAUCCAAAUAUGAAUCAGCAAAGCCAGUGUCACUGCGUGGUCGUAAUCUACAAGUCAUUGUCAAACUCACCAACAUUCAACUGACACCAUCCAAACCUAAAUACGACGAGGGAAACUGGCACAUUGAAUGUCCAAUUAACGAAUCGAUUGUUGCGAUUGGACUGUAUUACUACGACGUGGAAAAUAUCACCACACCCAAUCUCGAUUACCGCGAGGCUGUUGAUCGGUUUGAUGAAAGAGCAUCUGAUAUGUAUUGGGAAGAUGUGUAUGACACUGAUCGAGAAUCACCACGCAAUCAGUAUAUAGGAUCGCUUGAAUUACCAAAUGGUCGAUGUGUAGUUUAUCCCAAUCGAUAUCAACACAAAGAACAAUCAUUUGAACUUGCAGAUCCAACUCAACCAGGACAUUGCAAAAUUCUGACAUUUUUUGUAGUGAAUCCGUCUCGUCGGAUUGUUUCGACUGCGCAUGUGGCUCCGCAACAACCACAAUGGUACAACUCGAGUCUUGAC